UCUCUCUCUAUCUCUCUCUCUCUCUCUCUCUCUCUCUCUCUAUAUAUAUAUAUAUAUAUAUAUAUAUAUCUCGCUGCCCAGCAAACUUCAACUCGAGAAGAGUACUUGGCGAGCAGUGAAUUAGUAUCAUCAUGGUGGGCAUGAGUGGUAAAGAAAGGUCAUCGUGGUCUGUGUUGAUGCCUUCAACAACCCAGCAGCAGCACCACUCCAAUCUUGAACGCUUUCUUCAAUGUGCAACUCCAACUCCGCCUUCUAAAUUCCUUCCUCAGAGCUGCAUUCAUGAUCUAAAUAGCUUAUGGCAACAACCUGGUACCAGGGAUAUGGUUGAAUAUUUCACUUUGGGAGAUUUAUGGGAUUGCUAUGAUGAAUGGAGUGCGUAUGGUGCUGGCACCCAAGUAGUAUUGAGCAGCGGUGAGACCAUUAGGCAAUAUUAUGUUCCUUACCUAUCAGCCAUUCAGAUUUACAGCCAUAAGUCAGUGGUGGCUUCCAGGAACUCAAGAGAGUAUAAUGAUGUUGUCGAACUUGAAAGUGAUUCUUGGAGCGAUGACAGCAUGAGUGAUAAACUGUCCAGGUCUCCAAGCAACAAUUCCAGCAAGACAUGGGAUACCAUUUCCGAGGAUUCCAGCUAUGACCAUGAGGGUUGUUUGUCAAUGAGGGAUAAACUUGGCUAUCUGUACUUUCAGUACUUCGAGAUAUCUUCUCCUUACUGGAGGGUUCCACUUAUGGAAAAGGUAACUGAAUUAUCCAGGAAUAAUCCGGGAUUAAUGACACUUAAGAAUGUGGAUCUUUCUCCAGCAAGUUGGAUGGCAGUUGCUUGGUACCCCAUAUAUCAUAUUCCAUCUCAGGGAAAUGAUAAGGACUUGUCAACGUGCUUCUUGACUUAUCAUACACUGUCAUCAUCAUUCCAAGAUUGUGUCAAUGGGGAUGAUGACAUUGAAGCAAAUGGAGCAGGAAGUGAGCAAAAGGGAGAAGGAAAUGGUGAUAUUUCCCUUCCCCCGUUUGGUCUGGCCACGUACAAAAUGCAAGGGGGUCUUUGGAUAAACCCAGAGACAUCUGAUGAUGAAAGAAUGAUCUAUCUUGAAAGUGCUGCUGGUUCCUGGUUGAAGCAGCUAAAUGUCCACCACCAUGAUUAUAACUUUUUUACCAGCUGUCACUGCACCAUGUAAAUUGGUUUGUGCUUUAACUUGUUUCCCUCCUAGCUAGGUUUGUGUUUCUCUACUGAUUCCGCAACCUCCAUGAAAGCAUUCCCUCUUCGACAGUUGUGACAGCUUUCAGAAACUAAUUCGUUUGGAUAUUAAUGUACAACUUUACUAAGCGUCCUUGGGAUCGACAAGCAUAUAUGUAAAUCGUUUCAAAGCUAACGUAUUUCUGAAUAAGCCAUGAUUCCCCAAGAAUCCAAUGGCUUCUUGAUCCAGAAAGUUUUGUUAGAGGGGGAGUUUGUUUUGUGGACUGAGUUGGUUUCCGUCGCAAAGAAAGAGAAGAUAAUACAAGUGAGAGUUUGUCGAUUGGCAACUUAGUUUCUUUUGUAUCUUAUUAUCCGAACUUGUAUAAGGAUUGGUUUGUUAGUUUAUCUGUGAAAAGGAUUGUAAAAUGUAAAUGGUUUUGGUUUCUUUCCUUCUA